AUGUUCGAAGGAGCUUUCUUAAAGACAUAUGACCCUGAACUUAUUGAAGUACAUUCAGACAGUUCCGAUUUCGACGACAGUAUCAUACUUGAAACCCCAAAAGAUACUCGUAGUAAACAUAAUAUAACUAGCAGUGAAACACCAAUACUAAAGAAAAAGAAGCACAAGUUGAACGAUGUAUUUUCAUUUGCAACUCGUGAAAUUGAAAACAGAAGUGAUUUGUUUAUAUACGCAUCUAAUACAAUUCAAGCGGGUGAAGUUAUAAAAGCUAUUAAAAAGAAAAGUGCCAAAACACUGGUGACAAAAGAAUAUAAUGAAGAUAAACGUAAAUCUCUUAAUGAAUCAAAAGUUUCGUUAUUGAAACACAAACUUCUACCAUGUUUUUCAAGUAUGUUUGGUAGGUCUUAUUACAAACUAUACGCAGUGAAAGAAACAAAAUUAAAAAACACCAAAGAUAAGAUUUGUCAAGUCCAAAAGAGAAAUAACAGGAAGGGCAGAAAUAAGUUUUAUGCAAGGCGUAAUAAUUACAUAGUACAACCAGUAUGUACCACUCAUUGUAGAGCUUUUGGUAACAUGAAAGAAACUCAGGUGUCUCUAUUCCAGAGAAAGCCCAAAGCUCCCGUUAAACAGUAUUCUAAUACAAGUGUAACAGUUUCUCUCUCGUCUCAACAUGAUGACGGUAGCAAUAAAAAUGAAAGAGACUGUAAAAGGAUAUUAAAAGAUGAAAUACGAAGAGAAUACAAGAUGUAUAAAACUAAAAAGUAUCGUAAGCACCAGGAACAACAAUUUCCUUCAAAACUAGGUCCAUAUCAGGUAUUUACCAACCCAUACCAGGAGCAAACUACUUUACGGAAAACACAAAGCAAGAAUACAUCGUCUUCUUCGAAUCUGCCGUCAAGAUCUUCGAGUUUUUGGAACAACAUUGUGGACAAAUUCUGUAAAAAUAAGCCUAACUAUAAGGCAGGAUCGUUAAAACCCUGUGUAUGCCAAGAUGUUAAGCCAGUAUGCUCGCCUGAUAACUGCGAGUUCUUCAAAUCUGACCCAGAAAAUAAAUCAAAAGACAUACAAUGUUCUUGCACUGAUAUUUCGCCUGCACUUCACAAAGAGCAGCAUCGAUGCUUUUGUGAAAAAAAUAAAAAAUCAGAUAAUUCUUCAAAAGCCGCUAAGGCCACUGAUGCUUCUGGCAAAGUAAAUAGUUCUAAAACGAAAACAGUCACCAAAAAGAAUUCCAAAUCAAAAUCUGCGAACAUCCAAUGCGAAUGCUUUCCCAAAAAAAGUAAACAGAAAACGAAGGGCAAAAACAAAUCCAUUGAAGGAACCCAUAUGAUCCAAAGCGCUAGUACACCAUGUCAGCAACCUCACGACGAAAUAACUCAAGCUCUAACGGUUAAAUACAAAGGUGAAAUCCUCUGUAUACACAAUCCUCCUUGUGUUUUAAUUAAUGGCUGUCUAAACUUACCUCCACCGAAAGAAAAUCCGAUCGGAGUUUGGUCCGUUCCGGAGACGAGAGGCAGCAUUUACGACGUCUACACAAAUUUGAAAAGCCUCAAGAAUGGUUGCGAUCAGAGCUGUCAAUACGAUAUUCCGAGUGUCGAAGUUCGACAUUGUCAGACUUCGAAUUUAAAGGCUGAGAAGUUUGUGCAGAGUCUAUGUGACCACACGCCGCCGUGCGAAAUAGUUAGAUGCUGUUACAAGCACAAAUAUGACCCGAAAUUAAAAAACUCUUGUAUACACGUCCCGAUGUGCCAGAAAGUGCCGGAAUGUAUGAUUGAAAGAACUAAACAGAAUCUGAUGACUGGGUCUUGUGAGCACAAGCCAAGAUGUGCGGAAGUACCGAUAUGCACAAGAGACUAUCUCAUUCUGACCGCCAAAGAUUCGGUAGCCACUCAAGUAAGACCACAAAGCAAGUUUGUUUGUCGACAUCAACCUCACUGUGUGUUUAUACCGAAAUGUCUAGGAAGCGCCAUUCCUGAGAGUUGUGUACCAAUUGAAGCAAUACCUGAUUGUGUCCACCAGCCCUUGUGUGAGAUGAUCCCGGCGUGCUGCAGAAAGUCUGCCAAGGAAAUGAUCUCAGUGCGAACCUCGUGGGUUGAACAAGACGUCACCCAAAAAGAUGUAUGCAAGAACAUGUUCAUGAAAAUUAUACAAAUGAAAAAGCGGCGUUAG